GUUGCUGUGGCUGUACGUUGCGUUGCGUAUAGCGGUCGAAUCGAAUGGAAUAUCGUUCGGGCGUCAGAGUAUGUGCAAAAGAACUCUAGGUUGGCUGGUGAGCUCGAGGAGAAGAUUCGCAGUUUGAUGAUUGCUGAAAAGUUGGGACGUCGAUUGAAUGAAAAAAAUUGUGGUGAAGUAUUGUACCUCGAAAACGGCGUUAACAACGGCAAAAGUGCUUUUUUCGGUCAUUUCUAGAUUUAUCGUCUAAACAUAGCUGGUGAUUCUACGGAAAAUAGUGAAAAAUCACGGGAAACCACAGUGCAAUAAAAAUAAUACAAUUAUAGAAUAAACCAAGUAGUUAAAUGAAUCUGGCGACGCGGAGUGACUGGAUUAGUAGCACGUAAAAUUAGCGUAUAAAUGAGCAGAAACAUGAAGCGACAGCUGGAGAAGUUUAAGGAGGAGAUCAAAUCAAAUCUGUCAAGAUCGAGCAAGGCGGAGAAGAAUGCCGACGGUCUGCAGGAAGUCGAACGGGAGGUCGAUCGGUACAAAGAUAUUCUUCAGAACCUAAACAAGCGGAUAGCAACUUCGGUGUCCGCCGGACAGCCGCAGGAUGUGACAGCAAAAGAAAAGCGGGUGCGAAAAGUGGCCGAGUUCCAGCUCGGCCAGCUGAUGGAAGAUUCGGUAAAGGAUCUACCACCCGGACUAUUGCGGGAAGUGCUGGAUAAAUGCGCCCGCCUAGAGAAGACGGUGGCGUCGGAGAUUGUCAACAACGAGUUUAAUGUGGAAAAUUCGGUCAGUAAAAACUUGAACGACAUCAUCGAGCGGCAUCUGGGUACUAUCCAGAAACAGAAGCGCAUUGUAAGCAAAUGCCAUCAGGAGUACGAAGCAACCAGGCAAAAGUAUGAUUCUGCCCAACGUAACAGCGACCAGCUCGGCAACCAGGCUAAGCUGACCCAGCUCAAGGAUGACCAGGAGGAGCUGCACAAUAAGCUCGAAAAGGAGCGGGAUCUGUACGAGUCUUACAUGUACGAACUACUGGCAGAAGAGGAGAACAUCGCCAACUAUGUUAAGGAAUACGUAAAACACCAGGAAUUGUACUAUACCUCGGCGUUACGGGAAAUCCAGAGUACUAUUACCAGCAUGGAUGGUUUAUUCCGGCGGAACAACAAACAAAUCUUCCACACGCCUCUGCGAGAGCAUCUGAAGGCGACGGAUCGUAAAAUCGCUUAUGUCAUCGAGCUUUGUGUCUGUUGUCUGCUAGAGAAAGGUCUCUACGAAGAAGGACUGCUGAGGGUUGGUUGUGCAUCCUCCAAACUGCGACGGAUGAUCUCCGCCAUCAAUGCCAACUACGUGACACCUCCGCUGGCGGAAAAGUAUGCCGAUCCCCAUGUGACGGCUGGUGUUCUGAAGAAGUAUCUUCGCAGUCUACCGGAUCCGCUGCUGACGUUCGAGUUUUAUCCGGACUUCGUGGCGGCCGCCCAGAAACAGAACGAAGCUCAACGAAAGGCAGCAAUUCUGAACAUAAUCAAUCAACUACCGAAGGAAAACUACGACAACCUGCGAUACCUCACCAAGUUCCUGUCCUAUUUGUCGGAGAAAAAUCAGGAGAACAAAAUGUCACCGCAGAACAUUGCGAUUGUAAUGUCACCGAAUCUGCUGUGGUCACCGAAUGAAAACGAGAAUUAUAUUGACCAGGUCAAUAGUACGGCGACGGUCAACACUAUUGUGGAAGCGUUAAUCGCAGAUUGGGGAUUUUUCUUCGAUGGGGAGGUAAAUUUUUACACCAACUUGACCAGAGAUUCAUUGUUCCCUGAUAAUGGUGGAUUUCCGGUGGAUAAAGACCUUCCGGUGAGAGUUGCACCUAACGACUAUAUGUCGAGAUCGAUGAUCGUUACCAUGACUGGCAGUCAGGACGAGAUCCGGUAUUACAACAGUGGAGGAGGAGGCAGUGGCGGAGGAGGAGGAGGAACAAACCAUAGCAACUCCCAGAAACCGUCGACAUCACAUUCCCGCAGCAGCAGUCACGAUACUAGUCUAAUUCUAAUCAACAGCAACGAUCAGCUCAACAAGCAUCGGAGUCAAUCGAACAGUUCCCUGUCGGAUCAUUCCAGUCCGCCACACGACAGCAGUCCGAAGCCCACGGUUCGACGAAAACACAAUAAACAGGCAGCGCCAACUCCGCCUGACAGUCAUCACAAGAAUAGCACACCAACGGUCGUCAGCAAUAACCAAAACUCCCGCGAGCAAAACUCCAAGCUCCAAUCACAUACGGUUGCUUACUUCAAGCAGCUAAAUAACAACGGAAUCGGUCGCGCUCGGGAUGACGACGUUUUCCAAUCGUUGCAGCAUCACGCCUACAAACAGGCACAGCAGGAGUACGCCAGCGAUCGGCAGCCGAUGAUGCGGGCUGAAAGCCACGAUGAUCUGCUGAAAAUCAAAUCUGGUGGUGUUGCUGGGGAUAAAAUGCCUCCUCCGAGGCCGGCGGCAGUCAGCAUCGGGGAAAGUCAAACGCUGAACCGCACCAAGGGACAGCACAAUCUGCAUCACCAAAAUAACAAACUACCAAAUGCUCCCAAUUGUGAUAGUACUAGCAGUAUAGGUAAUAAAGAGAAUAAGGAAAACCACAGUCGGCCCACGUGUCCACUUCCGGUCAAACCGGUGGCACUGCCGAGAACAACGCUAGUAUCAGCAAAGACUCCGACUGGAUCGGGUCCGAACGGGAACAGUACCGACGACGACAGUGGGUUCUCCUCGGCUACGACGAUUCGCGAGAAACCCAUAAUCCCGGAACGACCGGCAAUUCUGCUGAGGCCUCAAAGUUUCAAAGGUUCGAUUCCGGAAAUAUCUAAGGUUAGUGAGGGAACGAACACCCUUAUCAGUACUACCAACUCUCUGAAGAAAGCACAAAGUUUUCGGGGGGAAACUAGCAGCGGUGCGAACAAGGACAUGGGUUCGACCGUCCUAGAGCGGACGCAGGUCUACAACAUUGACAAGCAACAGGUUGCGAUCAUUGACGUUGUAGACAAACCGUCAGGCGAGGAGAAAGCAACGAAAGACAAAACCGGUUUGGUGGCUACGCUGGCACCAAUCGCCACAGUACCGGAAGGUAUCCCUCCGCUGGCAAUGAUGGAAUCGACUGGAUCGCUUGGAAGUGACCUUCAAUCGCCCACGAAUCCGGUCGAACAGACGUUGGAGGACACAACGGCAACGAGUGCAAACAGUGCCGCAACAAAUACUAGUCAGCAGCACGUACCCCAAUCACCACGUGGGUUUGACCAGGCCAAAAUAAAGCGACCGCAAGUUCCGGCACCGCCCCCGCCGGUGGGACGGCCAAAAUCAUCCGAUUCGACGGAUUUAUAACAGUGUGAACUACUGAUUUAAUCAAAAAAGGGUAUUUAUAUAUAUAUGAAAUAAUAACAACACAAAAAACUAGGUGCGGAACGACCUGAAGCGACAAGAAUGGAAAGUUGCGCUUUGUGGUAUUUUACUGAAUUGGCUAAGAAUAAUAAAGACUUGAAUUCCGUUCACGUGCAUUUUA